AUGCCUGCUAAACUCCUGCCGCCGCUGCCAAUCGCGGUGCUCUGCGCUCUGGUGCUCAGCAGCUCCGCCGAGGCGUGGUACAAGCAGGUGGGGGGUUCAAGCUACCACUCGGUGGGCAGAGCGUCCGGCUUGCUCUCGGGAAUCCGGAGGUCGCCGUUCGACCGCAGAGGAGCCGAUAUGGAGCCGUCAGAGGGUUCCUUCCUUCCUUCCUUUCCUGAAACAAAUGUGCUGCGUUUUAGUCUUAAGCCCACCUGCAUGAGAGACAUUGUGCCAAAAUUGCUUAGUUGUGAACGCCUCUCUGCCGACAUGACAACUUUCAAGUGCAAAGCGGACAUUUUCCUCUCUCUGGACUGA